ACACAAAAUAAUAUUUUUGACUAUGCUUUAAAGCUGUUGACCGGACACACGCCGAGAGAAUGUAAACACAUGAAAAGUGCGGCCUUAUUUAGAACAUGUGAUAACAUAAUUCGUUUAUAGUUCUACUACCAAGCACGCGAUAAGUGGUGUCAAAGUUGAGGUGCUGUUUCAAUGGAUAAUACAAUAAAUAGGAAGAUGUUGAUAGUCUCCGACCAGUUUCAGUCCGCUCCUCAGAGUGGUCAAAGAGCCUGAAUUAUAAUAUUUGUUUAAAUAGUACUAGUUUUUUUAGUCUUUUGUCAUAAAAAUGCCACCUGUUGCAAUACAAGAUGAGCCACCCAAAACCAAGUUGCGGGUCGCAAUCAUCGGCCAGAGCACAUUUGCCGCCGAGGUGUUCAAGCUACUAGUUAAAGAUGGCCAUGAAAUUGUCGGAGUUUUCACAGUCCUGGAUAAGGGAAACCGGGAGGAUCCUCUUGCCACAAUUGCUGCACAAAAUGGUAAACCAGUGUACAAAUACAAGACAUGGCGAGUGAAAGGACAAGUCAUACCGGAAAUCUUAGAAGAAUAUAAAACAGUAAAAGCCGACAUAAAUGUACUGCCAUUCUGUACCCAGUUCAUCCCCAUGGAAGUUAUAAACUACCCCAAAUACCAAAGCAUCUGCUACCACCCCAGCAUACUGCCGCGGCAUAGAGGAGCUUCUUCUAUCAACUGGACUCUAAUAGAGGGAGACACUACCUGUGGCCUUUCCAUCUUCUGGGCAGACGACGGUCUUGACACCGGCCCGAUCCUGCUGCAGAAAUCCUUCCCAGUCACCAUAGACGAUACUGUAGACACAAUUUACAACAAAUACUUGUACCCUGAAGGUAUUAAGGCGCUGGCAGAGUCAGUCAAUAUGGUAGCGAACGGCAUGGCGCCCAAAAUCGCACAAACUGACGAGGGCGCCACCUAUGACCCGGCGCUGUUCAAGGCGGAAACACAUCAGAUCGACUGGUCCAAAGGCGGCAUUGCCCUUCACAACUUCAUCCGCGGCUUAGAUUCUUCACCCGGCGCGACCACGUUCAUCGAACCACAAACCAGAGACGGCAUAGACUCCUCAAGCGAGUCCACUGUGGAGCUGAAGUUGUUCGGCUCCUGUCUGUGGAAGGGGGGUGCUGUGGAGGGGGAUAAACUGGAGAUACCUGGAUUGAAGGCUCCGGCGCUGGUGCAUGAUGGCGGGCUGCUGGUUACUGCUGAUGAUGGGGUGCAGCUCAACAUCCAACGUCUAAAAGUGAACGGCAAGAUGAUAAACGCGUGCAAUUUCUUCAAGUCCAGUGAGAAUAAAGUCGCUUUGGAGUUGACGGCCGAGGAGAAACAGUUCGUCGAGGCUGUUAGGGGCGUUUGGAAGGCAAUCCUUAGGAUAGAUAUUGAUAAUGAUACGGACUUCUUUGACUCUGGUGCAGGCUCAAUGGACGUCGUGCGACUAGUAGAAGAAGUGAAAGACCUAGUCAACAUCGAGCUCCAAAACGAGGACAUAUACAUGAACACCACCUUCCAAGAUUUCUACAACAUGGCCGUCGCCAAAUCCCGAGGAGAUUCCUCAACCAAUGAAAUCACAUACGACGGAGUAGAACUAGACAUUAAUAAAAUUAGAAUAAAAUUCCCCACUCAGUUGUUUAUCAAUGGGGAAUUCGUGAAUGCUGAUAGCGGGAAGACGCUAAGUAUAGUGAACCCCACGGAUGAGACGGUGAUAUGUAAGGUGCAGAGUGCGAGCGGGUCGGAUGUGGAUAGGGCGGUUAAAGCGGCGGCGAAGGCGUUUGAGGGGGAGUGGGCGAAGAUCAGUGCGAGGGAGAGGGGCGCUAUGUUGUUCAAAUUAGCAGAUCUAAUGGAAAAACACAAAGAGGAACUAGCAACGAUAGAGUCAAUAGAUUCCGGAGCAGUAUACACUCUAGCACUGAAAACUCAUAUCGGCAUGUCAAUAGAGACAUGGCGGUACUUUGCUGGCUGGUGCGACAAGAUUCAGGGAUCUACUAUACCUAUUAACCAUGCUAGGCCUAACAGGAAUCUCACACUAACCAAGAAGGAGCCAAUUGGAGUAUGUGCGUUGAUUACUCCAUGGAACUACCCUCUUAUGAUGUUGUCUUGGAAGAUGGCAGCGUGCUUGGCUGCUGGCAACACCGUCGUUAUGAAGCCUGCUGCAGUAUGUCCCCUAACAGCCCUCAAGUUCGCCGAGUUGUCAGUCCUAGCCGGUAUUCCCCCCGGCGUCAUCAACAUUUUACCCGGCAGCGGCACUGUUUGCGGCCAGGCUUUGGCUGAUCACCCUCUAGUCAGAAAACUGGGCUUCACUGGGAGCACAGAAAUCGGCCAAACGAUCAUGAAGUCAUGCGCCGCGUCAAACAUGAAGAAAGUAUCUCUAGAACUUGGAGGAAAAUCUCCAUUAGUCGUAUUUGAAGACUGUGAUUUAGACAAGGCAGUUAGAAAUGGUAUGGGUUCCGUAUUCUUCAACAAGGGAGAGAACUGCAUCGCCGCCGGCCGGCUGUUCAUUGAGGAGACCAUUCACGACGACUUCCUAAGGAGGGUGGUGGAAGAGACGAAGAAGAUCACGAUCGGUGACCCGCUCAAUAGGGGCACUUCACACGGACCGCAGAACCAUAAGGCUCACAUGGACAAACUUAUCGAGUUUUGCGAAACCGGCGUGAAAGAAGGCGCGCGGCUAGUCAUAGGCGGCAAACGCGUGGACCGGCCCGGCUACUUCUUCCAGCCAACCAUCUUUACCGACGUCACGGACGACAUGUUCAUCGCCAAAGAAGAGUCUUUCGGCCCGAUCAUGAUCAUUAGCAAGUUUAGCAGCAAAAACUUAGACGACGUAAUUCGCCGCGCGAACGCCACAGAAUACGGGUUAGCGUCUGGCGUCUUCACCAACGACGUAUCGCGUGCGCUUCAAUUCGCUGAGCGUAUCGACGCUGGCACCGUCUUCGUUAACACUUACAAUAAGACAGAUGUCGCUGCGCCGUUCGGAGGAUUCAAGCAAUCUGGCUUCGGAAAGGACUUAGGCCAAGACGCAUUGAACGAGUACCUCAAAACCAAAACAGUUACCAUUGAAUAUUAAAAUUAGUUGACAUUGCGAUUAUCGCAAUUUUACAAUCAUUUGACAUUUGUAUAUAAUAUUUGCAUUUUUGCAUCAUACCUAGUUUGUAAAUGUAAGCCUAAUUGUGACUGUGAAGAGUAAGUAGAAUAAGUAUUUCAAUGUAGAUGUACCUAUGUUGAAAUUGUUGAAUUGUUAUUUUAUUUAUAGUAAAUGAUUUUGAAAUAUA